AUGCAAGACAUCUCGGCACUAUCCAAUGCCGGAAACCAUGUUCCGGCGGGAGCCGGCGUGGACCUCCCUGACACGCAUGCAGACAAUCUAGAACAAUAUCAUGAAGGGUGGGACCUACGGCUUCCUCAACAUGAAAGCCAGAGGCGAGCAGCACCGCUUUUUGCCAGCGCCAGGGGCGACUAUCAGUUGCCGCCAGAGAUGAUCUCUCUUGACAGGCAUGCUGAUGAGCUAGCACGCUUCCAUCAAAGGCCGACGCUGCAUGGGGCCCGCGUGAACGGACAUAGUGGGGGAGGCUUUGCAUCAGGCGGGUACGGAGUCCGUCGCCGGGUUUUGCCUGGAGUGGACUACCCUCACACGCAUUUAAAUGAUCUGAAGAGAUUGCACCAGGUGCCCGCGGCGAGCUCGGCGCGUGUGGCGGAAUACCACCCGGGAGGAACGGUAGCACUCAAAUGGGACUACAGUCGCGCGGCGCCACCAGCAACGGACGUUCCCGACGUAUACCCUGACGACCGCCAGCGCGUUUACGAAAGGCGGGCGCUGCGAAGAGCUGAGCGGGAAGCAGCGCUGGCGAUUCCCGCUGCGAGGAAAAAAGAUCGUGCGCUACCUGAAAAAGACAUCCCCGACACGCACCCAGAGGAUGUCAGGCGGCUCUACCGUCUGCAGACGCCGACGGAGGAGCAGCGUGAAGGCGACAGCAACGCAGAGCGGGAGUCACUGAGCUCAACCGAUAUUCUCCUGGCACCCUCUGCAAUGGAUGUCCCCGACACACAUCCAGACGACCUCAAGCGAUUUUAUCAGAUGCAGACGCUGCGCAGCGCUCAGCAAGAGGGUGAAGGCGUAGCAGAAAUGACAGCUGUCAACACGGAAAAAGGGACUAUCGUAUUCGCUGAGUCGGACGUGCCUGUCGCGCGCCCAGAGGACCUCAGGCGGUUUCUACGUCUGCAAGUGCUGGAGGGGGAGCGGCGGGAAGGCGAGAGCAGCGCCGCGUCGAACCCCGUAGGCUCAAGCGGUAUUCGGCCGACAUCGUCUGAAUUUGAUGUUCCCGACACGCAUCCAGACGACCUCAAGCGCUUUUACCAGAUGCAGGCACUGCAGGGGGCUCAACAGGAGGGCCGACGAGUAGCAAAAACGGCGGCUGCCACCACGGGGGAAGCGACUGUAGCAUUACCUGUAACGAACGUGCUCGACACGCACCCGGAGGACCUCAGGCGGUUUCGUCGUCUGCAAAUGCUGCAGGGUGAGCGGCGGGAAGACGAAGGCGGCGCUGCGGGGGACACCCGUGAGCUCAAGCGGUGUUCGCCGGACAGCAUCCGAAAUGGAUGUUCCCGACACACAUCCAGACGACCUCAAGAGAUUUUAUCAGAUGGAGGCACUGCAUAG